AUCAUCUUAAGAAAAUAAUAGCAACAAUAAUGUUAUAGUGUGAACUAAAUAGUUAUUCAGUAGUGUUUUACUUAAGCAUUUACUAAAUUAGUGUCAAAUUAGUUUAUACUAAGUGCUAACAAUAUGGGGUGCAACACUAGUUCGGAGGCCAAAGGUGAAGCUAAAACUACGAAGGAGGACAAGGAUCAUGUACAAGAAAAUCACACUAAUACUAAUGCAGAAGAAAAGCAGAAGAGCACAGAGCAAAACCAGCCGUCAGAGGAGCAGGCGGCGACGAAGAUCCAGGCGGCGUUCCGCGGGCACAAGACCAGGAAGACAAUGAGCAUGAAGGCGACCAGCAAACAGCAACAUGAGCCGGAGCCGUCGAAGGCCGAGCUGGAAGCUGAGUUCAGGGCUGACGACAAAGACCUGUGUCAUGCUGCAACCAAGAUCCAAGCUUCGUUCAGAGGCCACCAAGCUCGUAAGCAGACUCAAGCGGAAAAGGACAAAGAGGCACAGGAAUUACAGGAUAAGGAGGACAUAGAGAAGAUUGAUUUAACUGAUCCUGAUUUGAACAAGGCUGCUACUAAGAUUCAGGCCUCGUUCCGUGGCCAUAAAGUGCGCAAAGAUGUCCCCAACUAAGGUGACCAAUUAUGCACAGGGCAGGAGGAAAUCUGGCUUCGUAUGCAGUAACACAGUUGAGACUCUGAGAAUAGCAUUCCAUAAAAACGAUUUCUUCAUAGAUUAUAGAAAUAAGGUUCCUAAUUACUUUUAGUAAUAUAUUACACUAGAUUCUGAUUCAACGCUGUCCAGGAAAAUAUUAUUUUUACCUACAUAUAAAAAUUGAUGACAUAAUAAACUUUUGACGAUUUGUGGCAUGAUUCUAUAUCGGGCAGUAGUUUUAAGUUGUACCGCUGUACAUACGAAGCCAAAUUACUGGGUAUCUUUAUUAGUUACGUAAAUUGAGUAAUCAUGAAUGGUAUGUCAAUUCUUUACUAGAUACUUUCAGUCAAUUUUUUACUUUAAUGUGAAAUGUUUUGAUAAAGAGAAGCAUAGGAUUGACGUAUCACAUGAAUACCAAAGAGUAGCGGGUAUUGGAAAUAAAAUGAACUAUUUAUUAUUAUCUACCAUAGGAAUCUAUCCCGUUUUUCUAAUAUAAAUACUGUCACCCUACUUCAUGCAAGAAAUACAUCUUUGAUACAUUUCUUAUUUUAUUAUGACAUUCCGGUGCAUUGUUUUUCUUCAUCAAUGUUUGUUGAAUAUGUAAGAUUUUAUUUAAGAAUAAAAUAGUAAUUAAGAGAACAGUUUAUUAUAGCUUUAAUCGUCAUUGAACAACUGAAAUUUAGUCAUUUUAUUUUAUGAGCUUAAGCAGUCAACUUUAGUAUUCCUAUGCAUAACGUAAAAUUUUACUGAUACAAUUAAUUACAUAUUAUUUGUCAAUUAAUUAAUGUUAUAUUAAUAAAUUUUUAUUUACUGUCACUUGUCGCUGAAUUUUCCUGUACAUUUCGGAUAAAAUUUAGGAUUUAUAUUAAAUAAAAUGAUAUUUAAUAUUCACCUAUGCC